UGUUUAUUGUCACCAGGGUAAGCGGCGCCGUGUGGAACUGUGGGAUUCGACUAUUAGCUGCCGUGAGCACUGCCUGAGCCACCAUGACUGUGGAAGUAAUGGAAGUUGUGACCUCAGACAAAGACAAGGAUAAGGAUAAGGAUAAAGACAAGGAGGGAGAGGCGGAGAAGAAGGAUCCCGAUACACUAACAUUAGAAGACAUCAAGGAACAGAUUCGUCUGGUGGAGCGCAGCAUCGUUAGCAAGGAGCCAAGAUUUGUGCUGCGGGUGCUGAGAGCGCUGCCAGCCACACGACGCAAACUGACCCCCAAUGUGCUGCGGCGUCUGGUUGGCACCUACUAUGGGCGGGCAGAGAGCAAGCAGGAGCGUGAGGCCAUCCUGCAGUUCAUUGAAGAGCCCAUGGAUACAGAUGGUGCUCAGGGGCCAGUGGUAAGGCAGCGUGGGCAGCUGCUUCUAGAGGUUGAUGUGUACAUUCAUCUCCUGGUGCUGCUGCGACUCCUUGAUACAAACAACAUCCAGGAUGCCAUCAAGUGCUCAGACUUGCUUAUGACCAAGGUUACCUCAGUCAACCGGCGUACCCUUGACCUUCUGGCUGCUCGCUGCUACUUCUAUCACUCAAGAGCUUAUGAAGUUAAUAAACGCCUGGACGAGAUCAGGGGAUUUAUGCACCAGCGACUCUGCCAGGCAACUCUACGCAAGGACCAUGAAGGCCAGGCAGUGUUGAUUAACUGCCUUCUGAGGAAUUAUCUUCAUUAUUGUCUCUAUGACCAGGCACAGAAGUUGAUUGUUAAGCUUGAAUUUCCACAGCAGGCCAACAACAAUGAAGUGGCACGUUACCACUACUACAUGGGACGCAUUAAGGGUAUCCAGCUAGAGUACUCAGAGGCCCACAAACAUCUGAUCCAGGCCCUGCGCAAAGCUCCCCAGCAGACAGCUGUAGGCUUCAGGCAGGCUGUGCAGAAACUUGCAGUGGUGGUGGAGCUCUUGCUGGGUGACAUUCCUGAGAGGCAGAUCUUCAGACAGGCAAUCAUGCGGAAGGCUUUGGCUCCUUACCUGCAGCUGACUCAGACUGUGCGCCUCGGGAACCUGGCUCACUUCACCAACACACUGAAUGAAUACAAGACUAAGUUCCAGGAGGACCACACUUUCAUGCUGAUCUUGCGUCUUCGCCAUAAUGUUAUCAAGACUGGCCUGCGUGCAAUCUCCCUCUCCUAUUCCCGCAUCUCCUUAGCUGACGUGGCUUCCAAGCUUGCCCUUGGUUCCCGAGAGGAUGCAGAGUUCAUUGUGGCCAAGGCUAUCAGGGAUGGAGUGAUUGAGGCUGUAAUCGACCAUGAAAAUGGAUACAUGCAGAGCAAGGAGACAGUAGAUGUGUAUUGUACCCGAGAGCCCCAGUCAGUAUACCACCAGCGCAUCUCCUUCUGCCUUGACAUCCACAACCAGUCUGUUAAAGCCAUGCGCUACCCUCCUAAGUCUUACAACAAGGAUCUGGAGAGUGCUGAGGAGCGCCGGGAGCGGGAACAGCAGGACCUGGAGCUAGCAAAGGAGAUGGCAGAGGAGGAUGAUGAUGGGUUCCCUUAGGUAUAGUAAAGUUAGACUGAGUGAGGCAACCUUCCUUCUUUAAUAUCAUCUUUAUGUCUGGUAUCUUCAUUGCUCUGCAGUAGUUUAAUUGGAGAGUUAUUCCUAGAGACUGGAGGACUUGCUGCUUUUCCAAGACUGGUGGAAUAGGUUGAGGAGAAAGGUAGUCCUUGGUCCUGGUGUAUUCUCAGUGUAAAGGAUAAUUAUCUCUUUGUAUGAAUAAUAAAAGGUUAAUUUUU